AUGGCCGACAUCGAGGAAGCUACUAUCACCUUCUGCAAAUCCAAGAAAACUGCAAAAUGGCACGCCAAAGACUCACAGACACUUCUGCAAUUUGCUGAAGCGCAAGGCCUCAAACCUGACUACGGGUGCCGUAGCGGAAUAUGUUGCACUUGCGAAACCAAGCUGUUGAAGGGCGAAGUCGACGGCCCUGAGGGCGACGGAGCAGGAACGAUUUUGAUAUGCUCUUCGACGCCGGCAAGUACAGAGUCCGACCUCUCGAAGGCCAUCGACCAAUUGACCGGCCUUGAGAAGAAAGCCAGACAGUCCUCAGAUCUUGCUUCAACCUCGAGAACGUUGACAGCGAUCGUCACAAUAUGUAAGCAGCAAGGAGACUGGAGUAUGCUCAACGAGCAGGUACUCCUCUUGUCGAAGAAGCAUGGACAACUCAAGCAAGCCAUCACCAAGAUGGUCCAGGAUGUGAUGAGCUUCAUCGAUGACACACCAGACCUGGAGACGAAGCUAAGCGUCAUCGAGACAUUACGGACCGUCACCGAAGGCAAGAUCUUCGUUGAGGUCGAGCGCGCCCGAGUGACCCGUAUCCUCUCCAACAUCAAGAAGACACAGGGAGACAUCAACAAGGCCAGAGACAUCUUGUGCGAGUUACAGGUCGAGACAUUUGGCUCGAUGACAAGAAGAGAAAAGACCGAAUUCAUUCUAGAGCAAGUUGCACUCUGUAUAGACAGCGGAGACUGGACGCAAGCACAGAUUCUGUCCCGAAAGAUCUCGACACGAUACUUCGCACGGAAACCUACAAAAACACCAGAGCAGCUCGAAGCUGAGCGCAAGAAGCGAGAAGAGGAGGAAAAGAAGCGACAGCCAUCCGACCCUCCAGCCGAGGUUGUCGAUGACGAUGUUACUGAUCUAAAAUUGAGAUACUACGAGCAGCAGAUCACCUUGGCCAAACACGAAGACAAAUACUUGGACGCAUGCAAACACUACCGCCAAGUGCUCGAUACAGAGUCCGUCGAGAAGAACUCUGAACAACUCCGAGCUGUGCUCCAGCGCGUCAUCUACUUCAUCCUCCUGGCACCUUACGACAAUGAACAAUCAGAUCUGCUGCACCGUAUCAAUCUGGACGCCCGCAAUCUGGCUGAGGUUUCUAAGGAUGCUGCAUUACUGAAGCAGUUCACCAUAUCUGAGCUGAUGCGUUGGCCCAUGGUUGAGCAACAAUACGGCGCACAUCUCACCUCGACCGACAUCUUCAGCAAAGAGAAGGACAAGGACGAUGAGAAGGCUCACGGCCGCUAUGAGGCGCUCCGUCAUCGAGUCAUCGAACAUAACGUCCGAGUCGUUGCGAAAUAUUACACACGCAUCACCUUCCCCCGGUUGACGGAGCUGCUUGAUCUCACCGAGGAGGAAACAGAAAAGUACAUCUCUGAUUUGGUCACCAAGAAGACAGUCUUCGCCAGAAUAGAUCGGCCUGCACGUGUCGUCGAUUUUGAGGUUCGUCGUGGUCCAGAUGAGGUGCUCGAUGAGUGGUCUGGAAGCAUGAAGGGUCUUCUGGGUCUGCUCGAGAGGGUUGGCCAUCUCAUCCAACGGGAAGAGAUGAUGGCGAGAAUUCAGCCUGGCCCAGACGUGAAGAAGUCGGCGACCAAAGCAUAG